AUGUUAGUCGGUACUAUAUUGAGAGUUGUAUUUAUUUGCUUACAACUGCGCUCUUCAGCUGCUUCGAAUGAGAAUAAUUUUUAUGAUGACAAUCCAUACAUCAUGGAACUCACAGGGAAGAAUUUUGAUAAAGUUAUAGAUAAUACCAAUUAUACAACAAUGGUGGAGUUUUAUGCCCCUUGGUGUGGCUAUUGUCAGAAGUUCAAACCUGUUAUGGAGCAAGUCAGUAAGAAAUUGAAUGGAUUGAUGAACGUUGCAGCUGUAAAUUGUGAUUUGAGCAUCAAUAAGAGAUUAUGCUCCGAACAAGGUAUUGAAGGGUUCCCCACCGUGCUAUUUUAUAGCCCUAUGCGGAUCAACAUUUCUGUCACUUAUGAGGAUAGAACUCUUUUCAAGAGGCCAGCCAAACAGUUAUAUAGUGGUGAGAGGAAAGUGGCACCUAUAAUGAAUUAUGCAUAUACAAAGAUAGUGAAUUAUGCGAAGAAGGUUACCGCUACAAAGACAAUAGAAAAGAUUUUAGGACAGAAAGCCUCUGUCGAUGGCAAAACACAAAGUAGAGAUCUGAAAAUGAUGUUGUUCUCUGAGAAAGACAAGGUUUUCCCAUUGCUGAAGGCCAUUGCAAUCGACUGGCUGGGAAUCAUGGACGUAUACCUAGUAGCUAAAACCAGAUUGACAGCUUUUAUGGCCGAGCAUUCUGCAUUAAAGGAAUCUCAUCCAAAUAUUUCCUUGUACUUAGAAGAACUACUCGCUCACCAAAUUGAACAUAAGACCAAGAAGGACAGAAGACUUGUGGUCUUUGAUACGGCAAAUGAUAUAUACUACGAGUAUGAUGGCGACUCUUUCAACAAGCCCGAGAUUGCUCAAUUCGUUACAGAGAAGUUUGGCAAAGUUCCACUCGAAGGGCCAACAAGUAAGAAGCACAAAAUGAUAGAGAGCAUUCUUACAGGCAAGAAUCACAAUGCAAAGAGCAGAGGUACACGCAAAAGCAGAGAAAAGAGUAAGAAUAAGAGAGUUCAUGACGAGUUGUAG